CUCGGGAGCUCGGCCCUACCGGGCCCGGCUCCCGCACGUUCUCCUCAAAGGCCUUCCCACUUCUGGUGCCUUUCCCGAUCCUUGCUCAUCUCCUUAUCCUGAUGCUUUUCGUUCCCAGAGUUUUAGUGUGCCUUGUCCUCAGCCGGGCUGCAAACCUUAAUUUCCACCUUCUUAGCAGGAGGCAGCCGGCGUAGAAGUACAGCACAUGGGGUCUCAAGGACUUGUGUUUAGCCUAAAGAUAAGUUCCGUGUGUUGCCAAAGCUGUGCUAAAAGGAAAUUUCCUGCUGUGGAGGCAUUAUGCAAUUGCCUGAACUUCAGGGAAGAUGAGAAAUCUUCCGUUAGGGGCCUUUAAAAAGGGGCAGGUGGAGAAAAAGAUGAAAAAAAAUUAAAAAAAAAAUCUGUGGGAAGUCCUGGCUUGCCGGGAGUGGUGGGGUUUCCUGCUAGUAAGAGCUGUGAUUUUGGUAACGCAGAGAGCUCCUUUGGUGCUCUUCACACAGGACACGUCCCUGUGCUGUGUUGAUUUGUGGUCUAAAUGAGCUGUUACACAGCACACCUCCAGUGUGAAGCCAGGUCUGAUCUGUGAGAGGGGAGAAGGCCUCAGAAAACUCAGUUUUGGAGGUGAGAGAUUUGUACUUCUAAACAUUCUGCCUCACCCACACGAUGUCCAAGGCUCCCCAAGGUGUGUUCCAGGAGGAGCUGGAGUGGUGCAUUUCACAACUGGAGGCAUAUCUUAACCUCACUCCACACCCCAAACUAGCAGAAGAGAUACAACACAUUUUCAAGGUCCUGUGCUCCCCUGAGACUUGUCCUGCAUAGAAGCAACAAGAGAUGAGCAAUGUGUGUGGGGAUUGUCAUCUCAAGAUGGAUGAGGGUCAGAAGAGCAUGGCGAAAGGCAUGAACCCUGAUGUUGUAGAAGUACAGCCAAGCAAGGGGCAGGCUGCAGAUGGUGUGAAACAGUCUCACCCAACCCCUGAGGCAAAACAAGAGUUGUUUACAUCAUCUGGCAGCAGCUUCCGAUUUGAUUUUACACUUUCCAAGACUGACCCAGAAGCUGACCCUGGUGACAGUGGUGCUGAGCAGGUACAAAACAAUGUCAGAGCCACCAAGCAGGAGAACUGGAAUGGAGCCUUGAGGUUUGCUGCCUCUGGACAAGAACCCAAGUUUGCUUUCACCUUUGCCAUCCCAGAUGAAGACUGUCCUCAUCUUCAGUUACUUCCAGCAAGCCAACAUACAGGCCACACAGCAGAUCUGUCACUGCCUGCUGAAUCAGCAGCUCUGCCACAGGCUGCAGCCUUGCAGAAGCCUGAGGUGACUCAAGUGACAGGGAAUGCACCCAAAGAGGAUAGAAACCAUGUCACAUCAAAGAUCCCCCAAACAGAGACAACCCCUGCAGAUGAGACAGUGACAGAGAAAUCAACAAGAGAUGGAGCUGCCCAGAAGAAGAAAAAGAAGAAACAAAAACCACCUGUCAGUAAAAACAAACGAGAAGAAACCGAGACCAGCAGGAAGGCAAAGGCAGAACCUAACAGCUGUCAAAAUACAGAUACUUCCCAUCAGGAUGAGAAGACCUCUCAGCAGUCAGAUGAGCAGCUGUGGAAAGAGGUGGACUGGUGUGUCAACCAGCUGGAACUCGGCUUGAAGACACAGAAACCCACUCCAAAGCAGGCUGAGGAGGCUCUCCGGGCAAUCAGGACACUGCGCAGUGACAAGGCUCCGCUGGUGAAGAAGCGUCAGCUCAUGAGAGCCAUGUUUGGAGACUACAGGAAGAAGAUGCAGGAGGAGCUGUGCAGAGAGCUGAAGCUUAUGGAAACAGCUGCAAAAUCUGCCAGGAUCGUGGAGUUGAAGGGAAGUAUCCUCAAGAAGAAUGGCCAGUUCAUCCGGAAGUGCUUGGGAGCUUGCAGGAAAAGCCAAGGUUCAGCAGAAUCCCCUUCAGAGUCACACAGGACACUUUACACAGGCUUAUUCAAUUUCACAGCUCCCCAAGAAUUUCGCUUUAAUUUCUUCUAGAAAAGUCACUUUGACUAAAACUGUUCCAGGUCUCCUGUAAAAUGAAGAAUGGUGGAAAGAUGCUGUGCAGUAGGAAAUGUAAUGCAUGAAUCUCUGGAUCCUCUUCCAGGGUGCCUUAUGUAGAAGUUAAAACUAAAUCUGCCUACUAUGCAUAUGACCCCAAAACUCAGCCUACAUAAGUACUCCUCUGUGCUCACACUGGAGAGAGGCACCUUUGCACCUUGGGUCAGCAGUUUGGAAGGAUCUGCCUUCUUUUCCUGUAGAAUUGACAUUAGCUAUAGAAUCUGUCUUUUAUGCCAUGAGAUUUUCCCUUUCUCCCAUUGCUUUUAAAUAGAGCAGAGCCUUUCUAGCAGCUGAGGUGGCAGUGCAUACACCAGGGAAUGGUCUGGAAUCAAGAUCCAGCAGUGGAUAGCUGGGUGCUUCCACUCCCUGAGUCUGUGUGAAUGCAGUUUCUGGCAUCCAUUAAACACCAGCAGUGUGUCAUCCCUGACAUGGAGGAGCAUGAGCUCAGGGUCUUUGGGGGAAAGUGAGUGAGAACCAUUUUUGCUCAUUCAUCUCUUGCAGACAGGUACAGACCUAGAAGAAGACUGCACAUCAUGAUUUAAUCUAGCCUAGGGAUGUAAGGACAGUUGUUUCCAGGAAAACAGAAAAUUUUUGUUGCUGAAGCCAGGUUCUGGGCAGCUAGGAAGGAUGUACAAUCAGCUCUUAAAUAAAGUUUACUUUAUAACCAGCUCAGUUACAACCACCAGUGCCUCAGAGGGAAAAUUAGCUGCAUGCCAGCCUUGGGUGGUGGUAAAAUCAACUGUCACGGCCUAAAGACUCUCUUCCAUUUGAUUUGUAUUAAAUUUUGGCUUUUUGAA